GCGACAACAAGCCGCCGAGAUCCUUCUGAGUAACUGGCCGAGUGGCAGUGACUCGGCGAGGCCUGUUCCUGUUCACAGAAGGGCUGUUUCAGUGCCCCCGACCAGUCUCUACAUGGGUCGGUGGCAACCUGCUUAACCAGCAGUCAGUAUACAAAGUAUAUUCCAAUACCUCCUAUCUGACAUUCGGCUCCCACACAAUACAGAUACCGUGCAACAUUCAACACGCUCGGUACUCUAGCCUUCUUUCUAGAGAUCCCGUCAUGAUCAUGACUGCCAACAACGAUAUGGCUGUUCCUGAGUCUGUGGUUGUGACCGAGGGCGCUUCAUCCACCCCUGAACUCUGGCAGAUGCUGGGGAGUCGGGACCAGCCCACCAACCUCACACCCCACGUCCGCAUCACGGAUGUUGGUCACAAGCAGCUACAAAGCUCUGCCAACCUUGUAUCAGCCCGGGCAUUACAGCAGCUCACAAAAAGCCUGCACGAGGGCAUCUGCAGCACCGCCCUGGAGGAUGACGGUCAGUCAUCCAGUGCAUAUCACUCUACAUAUGCUUCGACACCAGGAAGCCUGUCGCCCAAUCUGGAGGCUGUGCCAUCAGAAGAUGGUAUACCAGAUCUACAACCACAGUUCGAGGCCGUAGAGCGAGCUUCGUUCGCCCAGGAGAGAAUCUGGUUUCUGCACGAGUACCUGACCGAUCCCACAACGUUCAAUGUCACCAUGGCCUACGCCGUGCAAGGGCCACUGCAGCCCGUCGAGCUUGCAACUGCCUUCCGAGCCAUGUCCAAUCGACACGAAUCCUUACGGACAGCGUUCUUCCUCGACUCGAGAGACGGAGAGCCCCACUUAUUCCAGGGCAUUCUGCCCGAAACACAGAUCGAGAUCAGCAUCCAUACCAUCGAGAGUACCCAGUUCGUCGACGAAGUCUACGCAUCGGUCAGAGAUCAUGUGUAUGAUCUCCCCCGUGGCAAAACAAUGAAAGUGGCUAUCCUGACCCUCACUCCAACCACGCACUUCCUGGUCCUUGGCUUUCAUCAUAUCGCACUCGAUGGCUUCAGCGCGCAAAUCUUCAUCAAAGACCUACAGUUGAUUUACUCCACCGGACAAAUCUUACCGCCCGCUCCACGAUACCGGGACUACACACUUCUACAACGCCAGUCUCUGGCAAAUGACACCUACCGCGAGAGUUUGGACUUUUGGAAGAGCAAGCUCGCCAAUUUACCCCCACCGAUCCCUCUCUUCGCCUUCUCCCGCGUCUCAGCCCGCAAACCACUGAACAGCUACCGCGUGCACAGUGUGGAGAGAACCAUCGGGAUCUCCCUCGCGUCGAAAAUUAAAGAAACCGCACACAAGGUCGGAGGAACGACCUCAUUCUUUCUAUACCUCACUGCUCUCCGGGAGCUGGUCUUCCGCCUCCUGGGCCACGCACAACGUGACAUCUGCCUCGGUAUCUCCGACGCCGGACGGGCGGACAAGGAAGCUCUGCAGGUCGUAGGGAUGUUUGUCAACAUGCUGCCGCUGCAAUUCCGGGCCGCUCGCCCUGGUCAGUCGUUCCGUGAUCUGUUGUCCACCACCACGAGGCAGGUCCGCACGGCGUUGACGCAUGCCGCCGUGCCGUAUCAGGUGCUCUUGGAUGAACUGGCCGUGCAGCGGUCACCCUCGGAAAAUCCGUUGUUUCAGAUCCUGCUGAACUAUAAGAUGGGAUCGACAGAGGAGGCGACACUGGGACACUGCAGGGCGCAGAGCUUGCGUAUGAAUGAUGCCAGAACAGGGCUAGAUCUGGUGAUAGAAGUGGAGGAAUUCGUGGAUGGGAAUUGUCAGGUGGCUGUUAGGGGACAAGAGUAUCUAUAUGGAAAGGAGAGUCUGGAGUUUAUUCUGUCCUCGCUCGUGACGAUUCUAGAGGAGGUCACGCUGCGGCCCAGUAUGCCGGUUGCUAAUCUCGCGAUUUUCGAUGAGAAGAGUAUCACACAUGCACUCAAGCUUAGCCGUGGUGAGCACGUCUUUACAGACGAGCACUUGCUGACAAUGGUGCAUUUGUUCGAUCGGCACUGCAAGGCUCACCCUGGGGAUGUGGCUGUCAAGCAAGCAGAUGGUCAGUUCCUGUCCUAUGGAGAACUGCAGGGUCGUGCUCAGGAGCUGGCAAGACGGCUACAGGAGCUUGAGGGGUCGACCGCGAUUGUUGUCGCCUGCAAGCCGAGCCUGGACACCAUUGUCUCGAUUGUGGGCAUUCAUUAUGCUGGCUGCACCUACGUGCCGGUCGACAUUGAGCAUCCGGAAGAGCGACUGCGAACUAUUGUGGAAGACUGCAAGCCGCGAGCCAUCCUCUACCACGCGGAUACCAAGGAUCUCGCGGUGGCCUUGGCAGGUGGCGCUAUAACUGUUCCCACACCGCAGUCCGGGAUGGACAAGGCCUUUCCGGUCAAAGCCAGUGUCAACGACACCGCGUAUAUAUUGUAUACCAGCGGAUCCACCGGAAAGCCCAAGGGAGUCAUUGUCAGCCAUGGCAACUUGACAUGUCAGAUAUUGUCGAUGCGACGAACUGCAACUCUGGGGAAGGAGACAGUGCUUCACCAGAGUGGCGUUGCGUUCGAUGCCUCGAUCGACUGCGUCUAUGCUGCGCUAGCUGGGCAGGGGACGUUAGUGAUGGCUCCUCCGGAGGUGAGACGCGAUCCGGUGCAGCUAGCCAGUUUGAUGGCCCGGGAGCAGAUUACCUACACGCAAAUGACCUCGUCCGAGUACCACAAUCUCGUGGUGUAUGGUGCAGAGCAUCUGAAGCAAUGCAUCGCCUACCGCAACGCGUUCUGUGGCGGAGAGAAGUUUCUGUCUAGUUUGAUUCCUCUUUUCCGAGGAUUGGAGCUACCCGCACUCAGAGUGUGGAACCGAUACGGUCCGACCGAGAUCACUGUGUCGUCGAGCAUGCAGAUGAUUGUCGGGGCGGGUGUGAUGAAUAGUAGCACAGAGUUGAUCCCGUGUGGUCGUCCGUUGACGAACUACUCCGUUUUCAUUCUUGAUGAACAGCGCCGACCGGUACCUGCAGGUGUGCCCGGGGAGAUCUGUAUUGGUGGAGGGGGAGUGGCACAAGGGUACCUGAACAAUGCCCGCCUCACGGCUAGCAAAUUCGUCAAAAACAUCUAUGCUAGUGAGGAUGACGUGCGGCGUGGCUGGGACAGGCUAUAUCGGACGGGCGAUCGAGGCUAUUUGCUGUCUGAUGGGUCACUGGCGUUUCUGGGCCGAAUGGAGGGGUCCGCGCAGGUGAAGAUCAGGGGACAGCGAGUGGAGCUGGAUGAGAUUGAGACGGCUAUUGUGGCCACGUCUGAGGGGAGGGUCUUGUCGGCAGGGGUCUGCGUCAAGGGCGACAAUGCGGAUGCGGUGCUGGCAGCGUACGUCGUGGUGCGUCCUGAUGUGCAAGUUGACUCACUUUCGUCGCUGGUAGCGAGUCUGGCUCGGUCGCUCCCUCUUCCCCGGUACAUGCGGCCUUCGUCAUUCGUGGCCGUAGGCAGGUUGCCUCACAACACGUCAGGGAAGCUAGAUCGGCAGGCUCUGAGCAAGUUGUCCGGGACGCCGAUUGCUAUCGAAACGAACAAUCACCCUGCUCCGCUGGGAGUGGAGGAGGAGGUUAUGGCCAAGGCGUGGCGCGAGGUUCUUCCCGGCGAAGCAGUCUUGUCAGCCGAGUCCAAUUUCUUCGACGUUGGGGGGAAUUCGCUGCUUCUGGUGCGGUUGCAAAAGGUGAUUGAGGAGCUGACGGGGAAGAGUGUGGCAUUGACGGAGCUGUUUUCGACUCCCGGGCUGUCGGCAAUGGCCCGUCUUCUGCAGCCUCAGAAAGCCACCAAGGAACCCACUGAGGUUGAUUGGGAGAGUGAGACCCAGCUGACGCCUUCCUUGCUCGGUGCUAUCCAGACAUCUUCCAGGUGCAGCCCUAGUUCGGAAGUCGAGGUGAUAUUGACUGGAGCAACGGGUUUCCUCGGUCGGACCCUGCUGCAGCAGCUCCUCGCCCAUCCGAGGAUCGCACAUGUUCAUUGCCUGGCCAUCCGCAACAGCAGCGUGACCCGGGGCUCUCUUACAAGUGAUCCCGAUCAUGCUGCCAAGCUUACGCUCUAUCACGGUGACCUUUCCCAUCCCACUCUGUCCUUGGAUGAGGAGACCAUCUCCAGUCUCUCGAACAGGAUAGGGUUGGUCAUUCACAAUGGCGCCUCCGUCUCCUUCUUGAAGUCGUAUUCCACUCUGCGGGCACCCAACUUCCACUCCACUCGCUUCCUACUCCAGCUGUCGAUCGAACGGGGCAUCCCAUUCCACUUCGUCUCGACAGGCGGUGUGGUCAACCUGACCGGUCAACCAACCUGCCCCCCUGUUUCGGUACGAAACUAUCCGCCUCCGGGAGAACAGGGGUAUAUCGCGAGCAAAUGGGCCAGCGAACGUCUCAUCGAGAACGCCGCUGAGGCUUUGCACUUGCGUGGGGUGCACUUACCGGUGGUGGUGCAUCGGCCCGCGAGCAUCGUCGCCCGACAGCCUGGUACGCCCGGGACGUCGGAGACAGAACCGCCAGCCAUGGAUAUCAUGCACAAUAUGGUGCAGUACGCCCGAAGAAUGCGAUGCUUCCCGACGACGGAGGGGGUGAAUUGGCGGUUUGACUUUGUGGGGGUGGAUGCUGUUGCUUCGGGGAUACUUGCUUCCGCUUUGGAGGACAAGGAUAGGGGUGAAGGGGUGAAGUAUGUGCAUCAUUGUAACGAGCGAAAGCUGUCUCCCAGAGAAUUAAAGGAGGAGUUAGAAAAGGAGGCUGGGUGUGUGUUCGAGGAGGUGGAGGUGGGAGAGUGGGUGCGACGAGCCAAGGAAUGUGGCAUGGAUGGGCUGGUAGCGGCCACGUUGGUGGAUCUGAUGGAGCGGCAGAGGGGGGUGAUGUUUACGGAGAUGGGUCUAUAGAUUGCUGAUAGCCGAUUGUUGGCUUGUUGUACUGUUCAAG